CGUAAUUUGAUUAAUUUUAUAUCAUAACCGAUUGAUUAAUUUUAUAUCACAACAUAUUCAUUAUGGUGGGAAAUAUUAGUGAUGUGUACUAUCUCUUACAACUGAUACUUCCUGAAGUUUAUGUUUACAUACGCGAUACUGUUUUACAUGAAUUCCCAUGGCCUGGUGAAUCAAACAACGAUGAUAUGGAUAAUCUGGAAUCAACUUGUAAUAACAUUCCCAAACAUAUAUCCUCGGAUUUAAUAACUCUACCUUUUAUAUGUGUUCUAUCAUUUAUUAUCCUAAUAAUUUUUGAAAAAUUUUUCAAGAACGAUAAUAAUCUUUAUGCUUCGGGUACUAACAUUUCCAUACCUAAUGAUCUGCCAAUGGUAUAUGCGAACUCCAGGAUAACAGAUACUUUACAUUCCUGUGGUGAUACAUUUUUUUCCCAAGAAAUUCUUCAAUCAAGUAAUAGUUCUCUUCAAUCUAUGUGCAUGAAAUCACAGCGAUCGAAGAAUUUGAAUUUACCGGGCUCUUCGAUCGCAAAGGUACAUUCUGAAGAUUUGCAUCAUUCUCAAAGCACGCAAACGAACUUACGGAUUUUAAAUAAAGCUGCUAAAUCAGAAGAAUGGGUUGUACGACGUACCAGAAGUGGUCAAAUUUAUGGAAAAUAUCCUGUAUAAAUGAUAAAAACGUUUUUUUAUUGUAGAAUUAUUUGAAUUUUUUUCCUUUUUUUAUCGACGCAAUCGUUUUUAUAUCAUAUAAUAUUAUUUUAUAUUUAUUGAA